CAUCCUUCUCUACCUACACCACCGUCAAGCUCCGCCAGUCGCGGCAACCCCCACAACCACUGAACCACGAUGCUCUCCUCCACGGUGCGCGCUCGCGCACCCUACCUCUUCGUCCGGCCUUUCCUUCGCGCGUACAGUACCGGCGAGGUCCCCUCCAACGACCCUUCCCCGAAGGCCCCGAAGCCGAACGUCUCGGCCACCAACGCCCUCCCCACGUCCUCUGAAGGGGGCUUCGACAAAGUUUUGCAGGAGAGUGUAGAGACUGCGGAGGAGCUCCGUGUGUUACAGGCGCCAAAUCGCCAGGCUCCCAACAACAAGGGGAUCUGGAGCCGGAGUCAACAGCCGAGGGCGGUAGCUAUGACGGGGCCGAGAUUCGAGCAGACUAUCAUGGAGGAUCAGCCACGCCCUUACGCUGCCAUUGAACUUAUCCAUAAGCAACCUGUCCGCUGGACUAAGGAGAGGGUUGUUUCGUGUGAUGGUGGCGGAGGACCACUAGGACAUCCCAAGAUCUUCAUCAACACCGACAAGCCGCAGAUCUGCUGGUGCACUUAUUGCGGACUGCCUUUUGCUCAUGAGCACCACCGCGCCCAUCUGGAGUCCCUCCCUUCAACAUCAUACCCAUUGAAGCCAACUGGUGACCCAGCCGAAGUGGAAGAGUCGCAGCGUAUCACAGACGAGCCAUUAGGCCAGCGAUGA